AGCUCGGUCUCAGCCGUCACCAGUUCGACUCAUCUGAAGGAAACACCGCUGUGAUAUGUACACAGACUGGCUGAAGCCUCCUCAGUGCAACCUUACCCAGCUCUACAAAUGUCACGAACAUGGCAGCAGCUUUGGUUUUCUGUCUUUGGAGUUUCCUCAUGCAGUUUAGUUACAUGUCAGGUCUUGGGGUCAAUGAACUGCUGUAUUUCCGGGUCAUCAGUCCUGAAGAGAUAGGAUACAUUUUUAGUGCAGCACCUGCUAAAGAUUUUGGUGGAGAUUUUACCUCAUCUUAUGAUGAGAUUUUUCUUGUACUAGCAGAUCCAGCUGAUGGCUGCUCAGACUUUAAAGACAAAGACAUUAUUCAUGGACAGGUAGUCCUGGUGGAAAGAGGAGAUUGUUCCUUUGUCCAGAAGGCCCGGCAUGUAGAAGAGGCAGGAGGAAAAGCUGUUCUGAUAGCAGACAAUGCACUGGAUAAUGACAGCCAGUACCUCGAUAUGAUCACCGAUGGCAGCACCGCCAAACCCAGCAUUCCUGCCCUAUUCCUGCUGGGACGGGACGGGAUGAUGAUCAGACGAACGCUUCAGAGACAAGCUCUGCCGUGGGCCGUCAUUUCCAUUCCUGUCAAUGUUUCCACCUUGGCGUCAUACCCGCUCAAGCAGCCCCCAUGGACACUGUGGUAGAAAUGAUGCACACCCACAACGCUGUCCCCUUCCUCAAAUGAUGAGCCUUUGUUUAUCUGUGAAAAUUCUGUCAUCGUUGAGUUGGAAGUCUUAGCCUCAUUGGGAAAUUCUUUGUGGUUGUUCAACAAAUGUGCACAGGUACGGGCUUGGCAAACAAGAGUAUCAAUGUAAACUUGCAGCAAACACAUGGCAGUCCUUUGACCUCUUAACAGAUGGACUGUUUAUUAGGCUACAUUCACACUGCAGGCAAAUGUGGUCCAAAUCAGAUUUUUUUGCCCAUAUGUGACCUGUAUCCAAUCUGUUAAAGACAGUUUGAACAGCACAAAUCCGAUUUUUUUCAAAUCCGACCCAGGCCACUUUCAUAUGUGGUCCUAAAUCCGAUGUGUUUCUGAUAUUUUGCAAUGUGACUUCAGUCUGAAUAGCCAAGUCGCAGCAUUUAUCCUACCUUUGUUGUUGAAAUGCGACAAACCUCACAAUUCUGCAUCCCAGGAGUGUUAAUUUUGUAAACACAGUUCAUGCCUGCAUGGUCACGUAUUACAUCAGGACCUCUUUUGUGCAUGUGGAUCACUUCAGGGUCA